AUGGUCCCGGAGGCGCGGGCCGGCCCAGCCGAGGGACGCCAGGGGGGCCGAAGGCUGCUCGGGCGCGAGGCCUGGCUGCUAAUGCAGCCCCUGAAAUUCUGUGCCAGUUCAGUAAAUGGUGAACGAGUCACCAGAAACCCACUCAGCAUCUCCCAAAAAGCCCGAGAGAAGGCUGCGGUGUUUGUGGAAAGUGACCGUUUUGAGAAGGUGGAGGUGUAUUGCUGGGCUGCCUUAUCCCUCGUGAGGGGUUCACGGAAGAGAAGCCCACUCAGGGCCCUUCGGAGCAGCUCUGGAAAGGGCGAGUCUGGAUUUGAGACAGUGCAGGACAAAAGAGGAGCUCCAGUUUUUCAGGCCCUCUUGGGGCUCCACGAUGUCCACCAGCGCGUCUCCGUUGUGGUCCAGGUCUUGGAAGAGGAUCUUGUAGCGGAAGUAGUCGUCGUCGUCGGUGUGGCAGGUCGCCGCGAGCAGCACGAAGCCCCGCAGCCAGCGCAGCAUGGCCCUGCCGGGGCUGGGCCGCGGCGGCGGGUAUCGCAGGCCGCCUCUCCUUCUGGUCCCAGCGAGAGCGUCCCGCCGGCGGCCGCGCCACCUGCCGCCUUCUCGACGCCGCGCUCGCGCAGGGCGGCGGGUCCGCGCAGUCAGCGCGAAUGCGGCGGCGGCUGGACGCGAGCCGCCGCGGUUCCGAGCAGCCUAAGGCGAGGGGCCCCGCGCCUGUGGCUCUCGGGCGGCGCCAGGGGAGCCUCGGAAGGCCCGCCACGUGGGAGGCCGUGGCCCAGGCGCUACGCUGGAGUCGGCCCUCCCGGAAGUUGGAAGCUGAGGCUCCAAACGCGACGGCCAAGACCGUUCCAGCCUACGGUCGACUCGGGAGCUGAGGGGAGUUUGAGGAGAGGAGCGCCUACCCCAGCGUCGAGAGAGCGCUCGGGCGUCGAGGAUCUCACCGGGCAAACGCAGCGGGCCUGCGGCAGCAGCUGAAUGCAGGUGAUGAUGAGACCCUUGAGGAGGAUAAAGCCACAAGAGAGACAGGACCUGGAUCCCUGAAUAACUGCAAGGCGGAGAACUGCCCCACCAACCUCAACACCCACCAAGAAAUCAUGAAGAGCUUUCAAUACCAUGCUAAGAAGUCUGGACAUUUCCCAUCGACAUUGUCAGUCCCUGAAGAACUUUAAGGAGGGUUAUGAAAUAAUCAUGAUAUACGUUUAGAUAUGUCAUAUGGUGGCAGUGUGGAAGAAGAAAUGGUGAGAGGUAAAGGCAGGAAGACUGGUUGUAAGACUGUUACAGUAACUUAGGUGAGACAUGGUAGAGGCCAGGGCUUACCCGAAGCAAUGGGUAUAGAGGGAAGGGAACUGGUAUAUUAAGGAAUUACACAGGACCCUGUGAUUAACUGGAUGUUGGGGUAAAACAAAGGAGGCAUCUGGAAUGACUUGGUAGUGGAACACUUAUCCAAGACAUUGAUCAUAGAGGGAAGCAGAGAGCCUCAGGAGCUGGGAAUAGCUAUCAAUUUGUGAGUCACCCACUAAGAUGAUAGUUUAGAGCCUUGAAAAGUAAUCUUGGGGCUCACCCACAUUUGAGAGGUAAGCCAAAAAAGAGUCAUAAAGGGAUCUGAAAAGCAGCAGUGGGAGAGCUGAGAUCAAGUGCCCAAAGGGGAGAUAUGGGGGACCUCAUCAGUGUUCCAUACUGCAGAAAGGCCAAAAACCAAAUAACUGGAAAGAGCCCUCUGAGUGCGGCAAUGGAGAAGUCUUUAGUGACCUUUCACAGAGGGGAAGAAUGGAGGCAGAAGCCUCACGUCAGACAGACAACCGAAGAGUGAGAGAAGUCAAGGCAGAAAGGGCAGACUUGGCUCCAUCAAAGACCUUGACUGCACAGGAAGGAGACUGAUAGGACAAUAUCUAGAUGGGGAGGCGGUGUGGGGAGCCAACAGGAGAACCACUGCGAUUAGAGAGGAGAAGUUUGAAAAUACAGGACAAAGAAAGGGAAUAGUAGAAGUUGUACUUUUCCCAAUUUAAAGGAGAUGAGAGGACGAAAGGACAGAAAUAUAAGUGGAAAAACCAACUUUGAAAAGGACAAAAAGCACCUCUCUCCCUGAGACUGGAGGAAAGAAAGUGAGCAUGAGUAUAAAUAAAGGUAAGAUUAUAGUUGAUGUAUUAAAUUUACUGAGGCUGCCUUAAGCUCCGUAAACAAUUUUAAGCAUUUUUCAUUUAUUUGAUCAUUAGUCAUCAUUACGAUCCUACGAGACUAAUAUUAUCCCUAUAUUACAGCUUAGGACACAUUAUGAGAGGGCCAGAAAUCUGAGGGAGUUCAUGACAGUUCACCUCUAUUUACUCAGUGAAGUAAAGGGCAUGGUCAGCUACUGGAAGGCAGGAGCAAGGACCUUGUGGCUGGGAUAAGCAGGUUUUCUCAACACCAACACUACUGACAUUUGAGACCAGAUAUUUCUUUGCUAUGCUAUGCACUGUAGAAUGUUUAGCAUCAUCCCUGGCCUGCACUCACUACAUCCUUCACAUCACACACACACAUCCCCCACUGUCACAGCCAUCCAAAAUAUCAAAUGUCUCUGAGGGACAAAAACACCCCUGGUUGAGAACCACUGGGAUAAAUAGAAGAUAAAACUGACAGGCUGAUAAAGCAGAAGACCCAGCUCUUUACUGAGAACAGAGAUGGAAUAAUAAGAUUCUGGAGCUGCCUUCUGAAGGAAAGCGUAAUUUCGUCAGUUCCUUUGCUAAUUCUGUAUAAUGCAAAGCAAGUGCAAGAAAAAGCCUUGGACACACAGAAUCCAGUGAAAUCAAUACAUGUUAUAUAUAAUUAAGACUGGCAUCUGCGGUUGGGUAGGCCUCAGGAAACAAACCAUCAAUUUCCAUCACAUUGGAAAUAGCAUUAUCCUACCUCCCAUUUCUCUGACAUACACUUUAUAAAUCCUAAGAAAUGUGGACUGAACAUUACAUGUCACUGUGCUAACUGUGUGGUUUUUCUGGAUUCAGUGUUCUGUACCCUCACAUCCAUCAUUCAGUUCAAGCCUUCCAGAUGGAAACUUAUUAAAUAUUAUUUUCUCUUAGUGAAUUUAAUUCAGUCACCUCACAAGGAAAAGAUUUCUACAAAACCUGGUGUCCCCGUCCCCUUUUCAAACACACGUGCACACAUGUUCCCAUGCUGUGGAUGAAGCCAAUAGUCUCUCAGAGCAGCUUUAAGUAAAACAAACACUUUUUUUUUACUCUACUGGGUCAGUUGGUUACAUGUACAGCUGUGGAAAUGAGGAUCCUCUGAAAAUACAAUAGUGAGUAUUGAUAUUGUCGUGUGUUAAGCUUAAGGAUAACUCUACACUACAGUGUAGGGUAUAAUGUUAUGGCGUAGUAUAGCGAUUUCUACAGUGUUAGGUUAAACUGAAACUACGUGGUUGUAAUUAGUGUGUUAGUAUCAGAGCAUCUCCCUCUCCCUGCAUCGGGAGUAGCAAGUGCACACGCUGGAAAGCCCCAAAAGGGCUCCGCGGUGAGCACUCGUCCUGCAGUGCCAGCCACAUUUCCCAAGCGAUGGGAUGCUCUUGGGGAGAGCUCAGCAGGAGCCAUCAAGACAGACCCUUGGGGUUUCCAAGAGGGGAAACGAAUUUGGGCCCAGGC